AUGGCUACUCAAGCUAUUCACAAUGCAUCCAGGGCCUUCUGGAGCGAGGUUGAUGCUCUCCGAGGCGAGCAGCAGGCAGCUCAGACUACAGAACAGCGCGUUCCGCAGUCGUAUAAAAAGGAGCCCAUAGCUGGCGUCCAGGGCAAAGGAACCGUAAACGACCCAUAUGACGCAGGCAACCGAGAUGAACAACCGGAAGCCCCCAUAUCCAAAGAAAAUACCGCUCCCGUUACAGAGCCUCUUUCCUCCAUUACUCCCGGCACCGGCACUGGCGCUGGCGCUAGUAGCGGCACUGGCACUGGCACCUUCCAGGACAAGUACCGGAGAGGCAGUGACAAGGCAACACUCGUAACCUCGGGCAUUGGCCCUACAAACCCUACCACCGAACACCCUGCCCCUGUUUCAGGCAUGGAGCAUGCCUCUGCCCUUGGUGCAAAGAGCACUCAGAGAGAUGAGGAUCUGACCGGGUCUCGCUCUAUCACUGAUGAGCCUCAACCUACUAUAGCUACCUCUAAACCCUCAGCCUCAACCUCUGCUGGGACGGCCGCCGCCGCAUCUACAACUGGGUCGACUGCUGCUGGAGGUUCAUCCGAACAACGAAGCCAGCCUUCAACCUCACAAUCCGCAACCCAGGACCAGAAAACCCCCGGUGACUCCAGUACUACUGGUGCUUCAACCUCACAGUCCGGGGCUCAGGGCACGGAAGGUACUCGCGGGUCUACCACUACUGGUACCUCAGUCUCACAGGCUCAGACCCAGGGCAAGGAAGGUGCCGGCGAGUCUAGCACUACUGGAACAUCAGCGUCACAAGGCGGCAAUCAAGGCGCCGGCGCCCAGAGUGCUGACGAUGUUGCCGCUAUGGCGAAAAAGAAGGGUGUCAGCGAGGAGACGCUCAGGGGCCCUAAAGUUUCCGCACCCCGGGAAUCGUACGAAAAGCAGAAGAAGUUCAGUACUGCAGGAUUGAAAGAGGGCGAAUCGACAUCCAAGCCUGAAGGGAAGUCUACUGAAAGCGGCCAGAAGGCCAGUGAUACCAAGAAUGCCAGUAAUGGGAAGGACAGCGGUGUGCACCACCAUAAGAGUGUGAAGGAGAAAAUCACCGGCAUGCUGCAUCACCACUAA